AUGCCCAACUAUGUAAAGUUUUUGAAGGACAUUUUGACUAAGAAAAGGAGGCUAGGUGAGUUUGAAACAGUGGCUUUGACGGAAGGGUGUAGCGCCAUGUUGAAGAGCAAAAUUCCUCCUAAGUUGAAAGAUCCCGGAUGUUUUACAAUCCCAUGCACCAUUGGCGGAAGAGAUGUGGGUAGAGCUUUAUGUGACUUGGGAGCUAGUGUUAAUUUAAUGCCCAUGUUUAUUUUCAAGAAGUUGAGAAUUGGAGAAGCAAGGCCAACCACCGUCACUUUGCAAUUGGCCGAUCGUUCCAUGGCCCAUCUGGAAGGAAAAAUUGAAGAUGUCUUGGUGCAAGUUGAUAAGUUUAUUUCUUCGGCCGAUUUCAUCAUUCUUGAUUAUGAGGCGGAUAGAGAAGUUCCUAUUAUUUUGGAAGGCCAUUCCUUGCUACCGGGAGGACCUUGA